AUGAGGAAUGAAUAUAUGGCCGGCGUCAUCAGCCGUGUCGAUGACGCUGAGACAAUCGAGAUUGACCAAGUCCUACAGCCCCUCGGUGUUCCCCAUGUCAGUGACUCAGCCAGACUACCAGCCCUUAGCAACAAAGCAGACUUUCCUUAUUUCUCGCGCCUUGUAGCACCAAGUUGUUCGAUGGUUACAGCUAUAGUGGCGUUCCUCAAGGAGCACGAUCUCACCUACGUUCAAGUUUUACAGACACGUGAUGGAAUCUAUAACACCACUGCGGCGAAAUUCGUUGAAGAGGCUACAAAAAAUGCUAUCUGCGUUGCUCAAACUAUCACAUUUGAGCCAAACACAGACUUCAACGGGGUCGUCGGUCGCCUUCUCGCCAAGCCUUCCGCCGACGUCGUCAUCACCUUUGCGAAUAAUGAUGAAACGCAGUUCUUGUUCAGUGCCUUGGAGCGACGUGAUCUUCCUGGAGAGUUCCUACAGAUGAUUUAUGCAUUCACGGCGGACACCAACUACCUUGAGAGUUCGAACAGAGAUAUUCAUACCGAUUCCAUUACUCUGAGGCGUAAGUCGACUCCUGUAGAUGAUUUCGUUGAUCACUUCAUUUCUUUGACACCCCAAUCAACAAUGGAAGGAGGACUCUUUGCUGAUUCAGUUCACAACACGUGGUUUGCUGAAUAUUGGAUGAAUAAGUUCCAAUGUCAGUUGGGUGGUGCAGUCAUGCCUCAACUGUUCACCACUCCGUGCUCGGGUCAAGAAUCUCUUACACGAAGAGAUGUUUACACCGCAGAAGGCGUCAUUAACGCAGUUUACGUGUACGCUCAUGCCCUCACCAACCUCCAUCGUAACAAAUGCCCUGGACCAUACUCAGCGGGGAUUUGUGAUAAUAUGCUUACCACAUCACCUCUGGAAUGGGCUAGGUACAUCCGACAAGUCAGCUUCUUGAGCAGAUCUGGCAGUAUGGCCCAAGUGUCCUUUGACGAGAAUGGCAAUGCACCAAGUGCUUUCAACAUACUGGCAUUGGAUCAUUAUUUGGACAAUAAAGUGCUUGGUACUUUCGAAGAUGACACCGGACUUGUUACAGUCGAUAACCGAUUCGCUGUUGGCAGCGGCAAAGAGUCGACAUGCAGAGGAGCUUGUUACGAAUGCUCCGACUCCACGGAGCGUGGUGGGACGUAUCUUCGUAUUCCAGGAGACUUUGACAUUACCGCUGUUCUUUGGUUGAGUGAGGAGGGUGAUGGCGCUAAUCUGACAUGCGGAGCGACACGUCCGCAAGAAACUAUGGCCAUUGAGAUCAUCAAACAUGCCUUGGAGGAAAUCAACAAUAGCACCCUCAUUCUUCCGGAUCUUAAACUCGGUCUGACAGUGGUAGACUCGUGCGGACAGUUCUUGGUGACUGCUCGCCAGCUCACAUCCUUGAUAGGUCGAACAGCGUCCAACUUGCCCCCUACUGGACCCAUGAUGGGUGUUCUUGGUCCAGUAAGAGAGUAUCUACAAGGUCAUGUUGCUAGUGACGUCACUUCACCUUUCUAUAUUCCGACAAUUGGUUUUACGCCAGCUAGUCCUUCUGUGUUCAGCGACGAGGGACCAUAUCCGGCAUCAUCUCUGCUCAGCACCGCGCCAGCUUACGAUAACGAAGCCCUGGCUGUCGUGGACAUACUUAAAUAUAAAGGAUGGCAUCACGUGAUCUUUGUCUAUUCACAUUCCUACUACGGCCACGCAGGCAAUGAUUCUUUCAACAAGGCUGCAAGAGCUAGUGGUAUCUGUGUUCGUGAUAGUAUUGGAAUCGACCUAGACUCACCACAGAGUGUUCACAACGACAUCGUCCAGAUGAUCAGGGAUUAUGGAAUCACCGUCGUCGUCGCUUUCGUCGAAAGUACUGAUGCCCGCAACCUCCUGACUGCUGAGAUGGAAUCUUCACAGGGACCUAGUGAUAAGAUCACGUGGGUGGGUUCCGAUAAAUGGUUCACUGAUCCUGAUGUUGACGUCACAGCUGGACUAGAAAGGGUCGCCCGUGGUGCCAUAGUUGUCACCAACUACAUAGUUGAUUACAGCCGGCUCAAGGAACAUCUUUCUAAUCUAGAACUGGUCAAAGAGACAAAUGAAAACCACUGGCUUCGUAAUUACGUCACUCAUGAAUUGACCAAUGGCUGCACUUCUUCAGAAUGCAUCGAAUCUGUCGACCUCGGGAAACAGGGUGUUAUUCCUUCUUAUGCUCCAACUCUAAUCAACGCGGUUCAUGUUCUCGCACAGGCCAUUCACAACAAGAUUCAGAUUCUAUGUGGAAACGGUGAAUUUGUUGGUCAUGAGUACAAGCGGUCCGACUACCCCCACCUAAUCAAUGUCUCCGUUCCUCUAUGCCCUGAAUUCUUCGAUGCAUCAUGGCAAGAUCUCCUGCAUGCCGUCAAAGAUGUCUAUGUCUUUGAAGGGGCAGGACGACGUCCUUUCUGGUUUGAGAACCGUCAGGGUCCUGCUGAGUAUUCUAUUAUCAACUUUCAGGGUGAAGGGUCUUCUGGACGCUUCGAGACGAUUGGUGAGUGGAUGAGUGGAGAACUGACCAUGGAAGAUGACAUGACCUACCUCUACAAUGAAGCCGCUAAUCAACCCAUCAGUGCUCCAGCUGAAUGCCCUUCUGUUCUUGCUGAAUGUCCUACAAGGGUACCAGAAGACCAACCUUCUGGAUGGGCAUGGAAUACCAACAUGGAGUCCUGGAGCAUCAUUGUGUUGAUUGUAACUACUAUUGUCGGAUUUCUUUGUUUAGCUACCAUUGUUGUCAUCGUUGGGCGACGUGACUCAGCUGUGAUCAAGAGUUCUAAUCCAUUCCUGGUGUCCAUGUUGGCCAUAGGAAUCAUCCUCAUGUACCUCAACAAUAUCUGGUACAUGGUGUCCCCUGUUGAGUCCGCGUGCGGUAUCCAACGUUGGAUGACCAGUUUUUCAUAUUCAGUUGUCUACGCUGUCCUAGUUACCAAGACAAUUUGCGCCAGCUUCCUGGCCCGUAACGAUAGCGCCACCAAGUCCAUCCUUAAAAGCUUUCCCAUGCACAUUGUGCUGUUCUGCGUGUUGCUUGGUGCCGAAGUCAUCCUUGUGACUGAAUGGCUGAUCCUCGAUGCUCCCGCCGUUGAUGCAGCCUAUGAAGUUAACCGAUUCGGAUGUGAGAUAUUUGUGGGUCAGACCUGUAACCAUGACAAUACCAGCAUCAUUGCUUCGAUGAUAUACGUGUACAUCCUCGUCUUGACGACCUUUGUCAUGUCACUCUUCUCGUCCAACCGUCUCCGAGGAAUGGCUAAGAAGGAGAACAAAUUCCACCUCCUGACAAGUCUCCUCAGUAUCUGUUUCCUUGUGUCUUGGCUCUGUUGCUACACUCUCCUCCCUCAGAAGAACUACCAGACACCGGCCAUUCUCAUCGGAAUCACUGUGGAUGCUACUGCCAUUUUCCUCUGCAACGUCGUACCCAAGAUGAUGCUCUUCUUCAAUGGGGAUGAAGAUGACAUGUCUGAGGCAUCGGAUGUCACCGAGACCUACAAGGAAAAGUCGGGCUUCGAGAACAAAGGAAUAGACGAGUCUGAUGACCAGACCCCGCCAUAGGCAAGUGCCACCCCUCCGAAUUCGUUUCGAAGGUCUAAAUCGCUACAUCUCCGAGUUCCCUCUCUCCAUUAGCCACGCUAUUAUUUCUUUCCAAAGUACUCAUGCUUUCUUGCUACUUCUGCAUAUCUGCUAUU